GGACUAUCACUCUUGCUUAAUACAAUGUUGGCAUAGAUAGUUCUAGUGUGAUUUCUUAGCAAGUUUUUCCUCUUUCUCAUAUUAUACGCAAGAUGAAGUUCAACAUUAGAAAUUGGGUUACACUAAUAGCCUCAGUGUGGAUGAGCUUCACAGUGAGUGUAAUGGAAGGUGUGCGUCCUUUACCUAAUCCAUUAAUAGAGGCACAUGGGCACGUUAAGCAUGCAACGGCAAAAAGAUGGGCCGUUCUUGUUGCUGGUUCAAAGGGUUAUGAUAAUUAUAGGCACCAAGCAGAUGUUUGCCAUGCCUACCAAGUACUAAAGAAGGGUGGUCUUAAAGAUGAAAACAUCAUUGUUUUCAUGUAUGAUGACAUUGCCAACCAUACUCUAAACCCUAGGCUUGGCACUGUAAUCAAUAAACCAAAUGGUCCAGAUGUUUAUAAAGGAGUUCCCAAGGAUUAUACUGGAAAUGCCACCACUUCAGAAAACUUUUAUGCUGUAAUUAGUGGUAACCGAAGUGCUCUCUCUGGAGGUAGUGGCAAGGUUGUGGACAGUGGUCCGAAUGACACCAUUUUCAUUUAUUAUGCGGACCAUGGUGCUACCGGUGUCAUUGGCAUGCCAGUUGGGGAUUUUGUGAUGGCCAACGAUUUCGUAGAUGUGUUGAAGAAGAAACAUGCAGCUAAAUCUUACAAAAAGAUGGUGAUAUACAUGGAAGCAUGUGAAUCUGGGAGCAUGUUUGAAGGUAUUCUUCCGAAUAACAUAGACGUAUAUGCGACCACCGCUGCCAACACAGAUGAGGAUAGUUAUGGUUUUUAUUGUCCUGAUCUCUACCCUACUCCACCGCCUGAGUACACUACUUGUUUGGGAGAUGAGUACAGCAUUUCAUGGUUAGAAGACAGUGACAAAAAUGAUAUGGUAAAUGAAACUCUGCAACAACAGUAUGAAACAGUUCGUCGAAGAACGUUAGUUAGUCAUAUUAAUGCCACUUCCCAUGUGAUGCAAUAUGGAGAUAAAGAGUUGAACAAUGAUUCUCUAGCUAUCUACAUUGGUGCACUAGCCCCCAGUCUAAGUCUUAAUGAAAAUGCACAUUCCUUUGAACAAUCUACUACUCAAACUAAACUUAUUAGCCAACGAGAUACCCGUUUACUCCAUCUCAGGCUCGAGUUGCAAAAGGCUCAAGAUGGUUCUGAGAAGUUGAAAGCUCAGAAAGAGUUAGCUGAUGAAAUUGCACAUAGGGAACAUGUAGAUAAUGUUGUCCAUCUCAUAGGGGAUCUCUUGUUUGGAGAAGAGAAUAGCUCUGCUAUGAUGUUCCAUGUUCGUCCAGCUGGCAAGCCUCUUGUUGAUGAUUGGGAUUGUUUUAAGACCCUUGUAAAAACAUAUGAGAGCCAGUGCGGUACCUUAUCAAGCUAUGGAAGAAAAUACACAAGAGCCUUUGCUAACAUGUGCAAUGCUGGCAUUUAUGAGGAGCAACUGAAAACAACGACAUCGCAAGCUUGUCCCCAGAAAAAUCAUGCUUCUUAAAUUAAUCCUCUAAGUUGAUAAUGUGAUAACCAAUACAUUGAGUAAUAAAUUUUGUUUCCGUUCUACAAAA